UUUAUAAUUAAUAGCAGGAUAAAAAGCCACAAACACCCGAAGUACUUGCAGUAAUUUCCGAUAAUGUCUGACGACUUACUCCCGGGAAAGACUUUACGGGCAUGUUCAGAAGAAAAAUUCUCGAUCCACAAAAGAUUCGUCCAGAUGGUACCAGAUUUACAUAUUUGUCUUUCAUAGACAAUUUCUGGGCACACCCGUGACAAAUAAAAUUUGUUGUCAUUAAAAAUGUGACUCAUUCGUAGAUAAGUAAAAGUAAAAAAUAUUCUAUUUCAUCACCGAAAAAUUUCAUUGUUAGUUCGAGGCCACAGUGUCGUAGAUAACCGACGACUAUAUUCGAUGCGUAGUCAUCAUAAAAUAAAAAUUGAAUUCUAUUUAGUAGACAGUAAUUUCGGUUACUGAACACACAUUUUUUUUUAUCAAGUUUUGAAUCAUAGUUAUUUUUGAAAACGUUAAUUAUUAAUUGCAAUGAUGAUUUUUAAUACUUACUUAAUAUUUACAAUAUUAUUUAUUACGACCGCUGUAAGAUCCGACGAAUUAGAGAUUACUGAUUACUCCAGCAUACAAAAGUUUAUAUCAAACAUUUGGCGUAUGGAGUCGAGUUAUAAAUUGAACAAUGACACUAUCAGUGAUGGUGAAAUAAAUAACAUUACAAAGACAAUAUUCAAUGAUGCGCUGAAUUUAAUGGCAGAAGUGAAUAAAAUACCGCGGAGUGUUUGGCCAAUCCCUUUUGGGGCGGAAUAUUUGAUAAAUUUUUUCAACUUACUGGACAAUUAUCAGUUCGCGAAGAAUCAUUUUCGCUGGGGUCAGUUUUCACGUAAACUUAACACUAUAAUUGAUAUAUGUGAAGAUAUUCGUUGGUACGUCGAAUCUUUACUUCGCAUCCGUGAUUAUCAUUUUUUCGACGAUGAUAAUCUGAUGAAAUACUGUCCGAUAAUAACGAAUGGUUCAACAGCAAUGAUGUUUCGUCAGAGAAAAAGUAUAGUUAAAGAAUAUGAGGAAUUUAUUAAAAGUCUAUGGGAAGUAACGUAUAUUGAAAAUUCGGACAAUUUUUGUGGUCAAACAUGGUCAUUCACUUUAGGUAUCUAUGAUUUAUAUCGCCAAGUUAUUAUAUCAAGUCUACACGAAUAUAUAUUGUUUCAUUACAUGGAGAUACUGAAUAAACGAUGUCACGAUCAUGAUACCUGGUAUCUGAGAGGACCCGGAUUAACAGAAUUAACGCAGAUACUACUACAUACUAAAAAAUUGCUCGCCGAUACGCGACAUUAUCUUCAUACAUGUGAUAUCGGAGAACUUACGUAUGGUGAGGUGUCUCAUUAUGAAUUAGAGCGGAUGAUACAGACAGUAAUAAUCAAAGAAGAAGAUUUAACUACUGAUGGGUCCUGUAGUCACAAUUGUAAUUUACGUUACAUAGAUACGAUUAAUACUACAGAAUGUGAUGAAUAUCAAAAUUGUCAGUAUAUUAGUAGCAGUUACGAUAUAUGCGAAACGAUGAGUGAUUCAAGACGUUAUUCGUGGUUUAAUGACAGCAAUGGAAUAGUUUAUGGUAACGGAACUGGAGGAUGUGAUUCCCCCUUGAAAUCAGUGUCCAGUGAACUGGCAUUCUUUAAAUUCCGUUACUGUGAUUAUUGCGUGUGCACUUGUCUUAAAAAAACUAACGAUAUAGAAACGAUUUCUGCGAUUAGCUUCAGAGAACAAGUUUCCGAUAUCGAUAAUGACAUGCUUGUUGUAGGUGUCAGAUUUAUUGAGAAAAAUCACAUGAUUCAUGUUCAAAUAAAAGAGAAACCAAUAAAUAGUUCUAAUGAUUAUUAUAAGUAUUCGUGGAAAGAAUUGGAAAAUAUUCAAUACGAUGAAACAGGAAAUAUUUUUUAUAAUUCUGACAACACUGUACUCAAACCGGGAAUUGACUAUGGGCAUCCUAAGAUUGUUAAUUUUGAUGACUUGAUUGCACCAAGAGGUUAUGUUAUAACUGGGGUAAGAUUACGAUUCGCGGCUUAUGGAGACAAAAAGCCAGACUUAGAAGUUGCAGCUAUCGAACUGCAAAUCCGCGUCACGCCUUUUGAUUACAACACAGGAAAACUCAUUAAUCUGACCCAGACUCACUGGAUUGUUCCAGAAUAUACCUCGAGGAGGGAAUUGACCCUGACUGAUCCAGACAAUCCAUUGAAAUUACCAGUUAAUGUAAUUGAUUCAAAAAAAGAUCAGUUCAUAAGAUUCCGUAAUUCGGAUUUGAAAAAAGAUGCCGGACAAUCAACAGUACCGUUUUUUGAUGCGCAAGAUGUAGAGGGCUCUCCAUUAUAUCCUUUAGGUGGAAUGGGAAUAAUUCAUCGCGGCCAUGAGGGUUAUGGCGGAUUUUUGGCCUUCAAAAUUUAUGAUGUAAAUUUGGUUGACGUAUUAAAAUAUAAGGUCGAUUAAAAUUAUACCAGAGAAAGAAUUAACCGCAAAAUUUACUCCCAUUACCGGGCAUUUCUAAACUGCGCAUGCGCAAAAAAGUGGGGGAAUUUUCAGUACUCAGAAUACCUAGAGUGGGAGUAAAAACCGAAAACACCCGAAGCAGAUUCUCGUGCUUGGAAAAUUUUUAUUUAAAAAAUAUUGUGCUUUUUUGUGAUCAUCGAUAAUAAAAAAACUAAUUUCUUUAUAUAUUUUUAAUUAAUUUAUUAACAGUAAUUAUGUUCAUUUACAAAUUGUAGAC